GUCAAAACAAAGAGAUCAACAGAAGAAAAACGGGAUCGUCGCCGCUGUUCCGUCGUCAAUCGCUGGGACAGGAAGCUGGGCGCUCAGUGGAUGGUUGUGGUCCGGGGUUCAGUGAAACAGGUUCUUCGGCAUUCGGAACAGUGCUCUUCCCAGUUUUUCCAUUCGAAAUGUUGCGACGACAACAUCAGCAUCACACCUGCUAAGACGCACAGAACUCACGGGCCGGAGUUGAUUCGCUUGAAGUUCUUCCCGUUGAAGAGUUGUUACGUGGGAGUGUGUGUGUAUGUGUAUGUGUGCUUAAUGUGUACAGUGUUCUACGUUGAAACAAAUUCCGUCCAAUAACAAAUUUAUCCGCAAUCUGAGCCUAAGUCGUGUUCCCAGCACAAUAGUGUACCUACCAAAAAGGGGUUGAAAAAGUCAAACGGAAGCGGCCAACAAUACACGUGCGUGUAUUUUUUAUAUUUCUGUGUCUGUGCCUUUGUGUGUGUGUGCAACCCGCGUCACAAUCGAGUUUCCGAUUCCGCUCAGGUGUGAAUGGUGUGCGGGGACGUUCUGAUGACGUUGUUGAUCUUAGCACGGAAAUACCACCGACGAUGUGCCAAGUGCUGCUCCGGUGUGACCGUGAACCGUGCGUGAUUGACAAGAUUGUUGUACUGGGAGGUCGUCACCUCCCACUUUGAAGACGCCCAGCAGGCGCUCCGCUUUUCCCGUUAGAAAUCUGCGUGUCUCGUUUGCGUCCGAUCGUUUGCCCCUAGGCACAACCUUCCUCCACCGAUCCCGAUUUUCAAUCAAAAGGCGAGCAGAAGAACGGGAAGAGAGACACGGCCAGCGGGCAGCAAACCAUCCCCAAAAACGCAGGUCCCCCGAAAAGGGUGAAAGGAAACGCCGUCUUCUGACGAAUGAAGAUUAUGAAACUAGAGGGAGGCAUGCAUCUCCAGCAGCAGCUUAGCGGUGGCUCCGCAGCCCACGGUAAUCUCCUCGAGGACAAAGCCUUCCAAUCGUCGCACCACCAGCAGCAACUGCAGCAGAACAGCGUCAGCAUCGAGCUCUGUCUGGUGUGUGGCGAUCGUGCCUCCGGCCGGCACUAUGGGGCGAUCAGCUGUGAGGGCUGCAAAGGCUUCUUCAAGCGCUCGAUCCGGAAGCAGCUCGGUUACCAGUGCCGCGGGUCAAUGAACUGCGAGGUGACGAAGCACCACCGGAACCGGUGCCAGUACUGUCGGCUGCAGAAAUGUCUCGCCUGCGGAAUGCGCAGCGAUUCCGUCCAGCAUGAGCGUAAACCGAUCAUCGACAAGAAGGAUGGCCAGAUGGGACCGAACCCGAACAGCAAGUACAAUCCGCACAGGAACAAAGAGUACCAUCACAGCAGCUCCGGUGGAAAGGGCGAAUCGAAGGGAACAGCGGCGAGUUCAGCCUCGGCGUCCUCUUCCGUAUCGUCAGCUGCGGCGGCCGCCUCCUUCCUCAACUAUCUGCCCGGGUUUAGUUUGGCCGAUUUUACCGCAAACCUAAGCAAACGGACGUACGGUGAUAAGUCGAUCGGGCGCGAUGGUGGAGCACAGACGGAGCGGACUGGCGGCUCUUCCAGCUCGGUGGGGCAUCAGUUUUCACCCGGUGGUGCUGGGUCUGUUGUUGGAAGUGGGCCAGGCAGUGGUGGAAUGUCUGGUAGUCCGUUCGGAAGCUUGCAAUCGCUUAAGAUGGAGGUUCCCGAUCGGCAGCCGGGAUCGGAUCUUGGAAGUGUGUCCACCAGUGCGGCUGAUUCGAUUGCGGCACUGAUCGGGUUGAAUACGACGGCAGCCGUAGCUGCGGUAGCGAUGUCCAGUGCAACGCUCGGUGGGACGACUCCCAGUGCUGCGGCAGCAGCAGCUGCUGCAGCUUCCCUCCUCGGUGCCGAUACAGCCGGCAGCAGUGAUGGUGGGACUGGAUUGCGAGGAAGUGGUUCAAAUGCAUCCCCUGGCGGGGCUCACUUUCCCUCGCUUGCGAUGGAUACCAGCGAUGGGAGCUCGCUGGAUAAAUCGAUGCUCUGCAGCUCGCUCGAGUUCAUCCAGAGCAUGGAGCAGGAGCUGAACAGCAACCUAAACAACAACUUCGGUAUUAAGUCGGAGCUAAACAGCAGCAGUGAGGAGGUGUGCCUCGAGUUCGAUUACGGUGGAAUCGGGCGGGGUGAACCCGUGCUCACCGAGAACUGUACGCACUUCGACAUACAGGUGCCGAACGUGCUGCCGAACUAUCUGAGUGUGCAUUAUGUGUGUGAGACCGGGUCGCGGUUACUGUUUGCUACGGUGAACUGGAUGAAGAAGAAUCACGUCUUCCAGAUGCUAAGUGAUGGAUUUCAAGGUGAGCUGGUGCGCCAGGUGUGGCCGGAACUGUUUAUGAUCGGGUUGGCGCAGAGCAGUGGGCAGCUGUCGUUCAACACGAUCAUGCUGGCACUGAUCCAGUACAUGAAGACGGUCAUCCUGAACAAGAAGUAUAGCGUCGAUGUCAUCAACUACCUGAAGAAGUACAUCCUGUUGAUACAGGAGUUUGUGAACGAUCUGCAGAAGAUGAAUCUGACCGACCAGGAGUACGCGUAUCUGCGGAUGCUGUCCAUUUUUAACCCAGAUAACGCCCUGCAAGACAAGGAAAAGAAUCAACACCUGGCAAAGCUGCAGGAGCUCAUACUGACCGAGUUCCGGGACUACUAUCGGGACCGACACGCCCGCCUGGCUAGUAGCGAAAGUGAGGAAAAUCUUCGCGCCACCGAAGAGGAGGAAAACGAUGAUGAUGAGGUGGAGUACUACGAGCGUCGCACCCAGAACCGGCACCAUCGCCAUCCGCACCACCGGCAGCAGCGGGCCGGCGGUGAUCAGUCGCAACCACCACAGGGCUGUGAGCAGCGGUUGAUGAAGCUGCUGCUGAAGCUACCAACACUGCGCGCCCUUAACUCCAAGUGCGAUCUGGAGGAUCUGUUCUUUAACAAUCUGAUCGGCCAGGUACAGAUCGAUAGCGUGCUGACGUACGUCAUGCAGACGAACGAUGGAGCCGUUUCGUUUUCGAACCUGGUACAGAAGUAUGAGCCGGUCGGGGGCAACAACAGCAACAGUAACAACGGCAUCCCGAUGGACAGCGAUGAGUAGUAGUAGUGGUAGUAGGUAGUAAGGAGGGGCGCGUAUUGUACUGAAGAGACUGAUUUGAUUGGCGUUUUUUGUCUUUCUUCCACCGCGCAGUGGCAGUUGUAAAUGUGUUGAUCCCGCCCCAAAAUGGCGAAGGCAGCUUAAGCAAAGUAAAGGGGUUGGAUACGUUUACCACUAUCCCUUGAGUGCACGGGCCGCUUAGUCUAUUUUAAUCCGCUUUUAGUCUGUUUUAAAGAUUUUUCCAUUUUUAAACGCACGUUCAUCCUCUGAAAGAGAUGCACGAGCAGGUCUAGCUUUCCCGUUUGUUUUAUCCUGUUUACUGAUUUCAACCGAUUUUAGGAUAACAAUUUCGUUCUAGAAUGAGUAGUAUUAUUAGAUUUCUUUUAUUUCGCUACAGGAAGGACGAUGAUUUAAAGCGAUACUUAGUUGUGAAUGAUUCUAGCCACUUUCCCUCUAGGGGAUUUCAUUCUAAUCCGUGCAUUUGGAACACAUUUGUUUCACCCACAAUGGCGCUUUUGUGGAAUCCCCUGGAUCCAACACACAUAUACACAUACAAAAAAAAAAAGAAACUUAGCGAGCAAACAUGUAUUCCGUACCUGAGGCAGUAGCAGCAGCAGUAGUUGUUAAACCCGACCCGUUUGCUCGUAGAAAAAGUGCGCAAAGCGAACCGUCAAACAGUGCAGUACAUUUUUAUGUAUAGAAGGCACUAAAAAUUAUACAUUUAUAUGUAGUGGUGGUUUUCGAGCGAGAAACAACAAAAAAACCAGGCAAUAUUUAGAAGUUUAAGGCUCGCAUCAGGUUUUGCGUCCCAGAGACAUUGGCCUCUUGUUUGUUGACGGCAGCCAAUGUGUAGGUUAUUUAUCUAUCUAAACGUAUACACACACACAGCACGUACGCAUGAAUGUGUAACAAGUAUUGAGAGGAGUAUUGCUGCAUAGUUUAUAUAGCAUAUUGUACGAUUUCGAAACCUUAAACCCUCCUCAGCAAACCCACACACACACCGAUACGACAAUAUGUCCUCGACGCGUAGCAGGAUCGAAUUUAGAUCACACAGGGGAUUAGAGUUUAAUGGCAGUACGCAAACAAAACGAAACGAAACGAAUAAACUUUACUGUAGCGUUGUGACGCGAAUGUUAGACAAUCUACUCCACGAA